UCAAGUGCUUGUGGUUGGCAGAGCCUUCAUAAACUUGACAACUUCCUGCCCCUGAACUCAAUUUAAUUAGCUGAGAUGGCACAACUCAGCAUAAAAACGAAGUGAAGCCAUAGCUGCCUCCUACAUUGGCUUUAUCUUGAAGCAGACACAUCUUAAAGUUUUCAAAUGCUACCUACAAUGGCUGCUUUUCUUCACCAGAAAGUUGAUCAUCAAGGUCCAAAGUUUCGUGCUACAACUCCCCAUUUUUUUAACAUGAUCGCAGACGAGACUUCUGGAAACAAAACACUUAGGUUGCCAAAGACAUUUCUGGACAAAUGUGCUGAGCAUCUAUCAGAUCAAAUACACCUUAAACUCCCAUGUGGUUCAGAAUGGAAAAUCAAACUCAGAAGAUGUAAUGGUGAGGUUUGGUUUGGAAAGGGUUGGCCAGAGUUCUCUGAGUUUUACUCUCUCAAAAAAGGCAACUCCUUACUUUUCCGGUAUGAAGGGAACUCAAAAUUCAACGUUUUGAUAUUUGAUGAAAGCGGCACGGAGAUGGAUUAUCCCAUAACUAUAACUCUGAUUGAAGAAACUGAUGAAGAAGAUGAUGUCAAGUCUGUUGAAAGUUUGGAGUAUUUUCCAACCUUCCCAAAAACAAAGCACAAAACUGGUCCUUUGCUAUCUCCUCUGCCUCAAGAGAAAAGCAGAACAAAUCCUCAUUCUUCAUCAAGGCCAUCAUCUUCAUCUUCAUCUAAAAGGGUUAAUGUUGAAGCUGCCAAUGAGUUCGUCUCAAGCCACCCAUUCUUCAAAGUCACUUUGGGGACACACCUUGGGAUGAAUAUUCCAGCUAGUUUUCGGAAGCAUUUCACUACAAUGGAGAACCAAAUCGUGAGGCUUUGGGUCGGAGAUAGAUCGUGGCCUGUGAAACUGAUUUUUCAACGUAACAACGAUCAAUUAAGUGCUGGCUGGAGAGCAUUUUUAAAGGAAAAUUCGUUGAAAAAAGGAGAUGUUUGCAUCUUUGAGCUUAUCGACACGAACAACGUUGCACUGGUAGUAAGCAUUUUUAGAUGCUGA